AUGAGUGGCUUACCACAAUUGAAAACGUUGAACAACGGCGUGCAGAUUCCUGAACUUGGUUUAGGACUAUGGCAAACUCCCGAAAGCAAGACAGCUAAUAUUGUUUACGAAGCUUUAAAAGUUGGUUAUCGUCAUUUUGAUUCAGCUCAAUGGUAUGCAAACGAGAAAGGUGCAGCUAAAGGUAUUAUCCGUUGGUUGAAAGAAGAUCCGAAGAACCACAAAAGAAAAGAUGUUUUCUUCACCACCAAGGUUAAAGACCCUAGUCAUGGAUACGAAAAUACCAAACAAUCUAUUAAAGAAUCUUUAGAACAAGUAAAAGGUAUUGGCUACAUUGAUUUAGUAUUAGUUCAUUCUCCACAGAGUAACAAGAACUUGAGACUUGGUACGUGGAAGGCCUUACAAGAACUUGUGAAUGAAGGUGUAGUCAAAUCAAUCGGUGUUUCUAACUAUGGAGUCCCACAUAUACAAGAGAUUUUAAAAUGGGAUGAAAUGACAAUAAAACCUGUUAUUAAUCAAGUUGAAAUAAACCCUUGGUUAACAAGAAAAGAAAUCGUCAACUUCUGUCACAAAAAUGGUAUUGAAGUUGAAGCUUAUUCUCCAUUGACAAGAGGUAAAAGACUAAACGAUCCAGCUUUAAUGAAAAUUGCCAAAAAAUAUGGUAAGCAACCGGCACAAAUUCUAAUCAAAUGGUCCAUUCAAAAGGGUUUCAUUGUUUUACCAAAGACUACUCAUGAGGAAAGAUUACUAUCUAAUAUUGAUGUAUUUGAUUUCACCAUUUCUGAUGAAGAUAUUACUCAAAUGACCUAUGAUGAUGAAUAUCAAGUCUUCUGCUCUUGGGAUCCAACUACCUAUAGAGGUUAA